AUGGCCGAGGUACAGCAGAAGAAGCGGACCUUCCGCAAACUCACCUACCGCGGGACAGACUUGCACCAGCCGCUGGACGUGUCCUGCGAGCAGCUGACGCAGCUGUACAGUGCGUGCCAGCGGCGGCAAGCGAACCCGGGCCUGCGGCGGAAACAGCACUCGCUGCUGAAGCGCCUGCGCAAGGCCAAGAAGGAGGCACCGCCCAUGGAGAAGCCGGAAGUGGUGAAGGCGCACCUGCGGGACAUGAUCAUCCUGCCCAAGAUGGUGGGCAGCAUGGUGGGCGUCUACAACGGCAAGACCUUCAACCAGGUGGAGAUCAAGCCGGAGAUGAUCGGUCACUACCUGGGCGAGUUCUCCAUCACCUAUAAGCUGGUGAAGCACUGCCGGCCCGGCAUCGGGGCCACCCACUCCUCCCGCUUCAUCCCCCUCAAGUAGUGGCUCAGCUAAUAAAGGCACACAUAUCUCCAAAAAAAAAAAAAAAAGGAAGUUAAAUGGAUGGUUUUGCCGGGGACUCACUGCAAACACCUACAACAUUUCAAGGAACCAGACCCUUCAGUAGUGCUGGAUAGGUGAUGGUAAUGCCAACCUACACGUGUUGGAGUUUUCAACAAUGCUGUGCCAUAAGCUCAUGAGAAGUUAUAGUCUGACAAUGAUGAUAGACUUGAAUUCUGGAAUCUUGGGCAGUCUGUUCCAGAAAUGAUACACACUGGUACUUUCAUUUCAAAGUAUGAAGAAAGAUAAGCCACAUACAGGAACAGCACAAGAUUCCUAACAGGUUCUGUUGAACUUAAAUUGCUUUAAAGAUUUUUUUGCAUUAUCUGAAGAGAAUCACCAGGUUUUGGUUUUGAGAACUCUGAAGGCAAGAAGCAGGAGGAUCCAGACCGGAAAGCAUUGAACCAGCCCUCUCACUCCAUCUGCCUACACAUAAAACAGAACAAAAUAAACUAUUGUCAUAACUCCACACAAUUAUAUUAAGAGACUAAAAAGUAGCCUCAAAAAUGGCUGGUGAUGUUCAAGUAAUCUACAAAUACCGGGUUUUAACAAAUUAAGUAGGAAACAAGACGGUGAGUGGUAAAGUUGCUUUGGUUAAACUCCUACUUCCUCGACUUGCCAUGUGACUUUAAGCAAGUUACAAGACGUCUCUGUCUCAGCUGCCUCACGUGAAAAAUGAGGGUAUCAGUCCUUAACUCACUAAACUGUCAGAUUUUAAUUACAACAGUGCCUGGCAAAUAAUCAUUUAUUAAGACUUAUUUUUUAAAUGAUUCCUAUGAGGGCCUCCGGAAUCAAACCCUUUUUAAGCAGCAGAAAGGGAAUAAAAUCCACAUUUAUAUGACUAUUGUCUAUUAGGAAUCUAAAUAGGAAUCAUCUUACUUUUUAGGGGUUGCCUUACCCCAAAUAUUCUACAACUUCUGAGUUUUCUUUUUUUUCUUUUUGAGACAGGGUCCCACUGUGUCGCUUCGGCUGGGGUGCAGUGGCCCAAUCACAGCUCACUACAGCCCUCACUUCCCAGGCUCACAUGAUCCAAGUGAUCUUCCUGCCUCAGCCUCCCUAUUAGCUAGGUUCACAGGCAUGCACCACCACAGCCAGCUUUUUUUUUUUUUUUUUUUUUUUUUUUGUAGAGAGGAGGUUUCACCAUGUUGCCCAGGCUGGUCUUAAACUCCUGUGCUCAAGGGAUCCACCCACUUCCGCCCCCCAACGUGCUAGGAUUACAGAGGUGAACCACCUUGAUGGUCUGAGUUUCAAUUAUAAAUAUGACACUGGGCUGGCUGGGUCAGGCGUCUAGAAAGUGCACUAACAUUGGAAGAAAGGGUGAUCAGGCCUCUAGUUCCUGUUCUGCUACCAAUUAGCUGUGUGACCUUUAGUAAGUUAAGAAUUCUCCCAAGGCAUUCUAUACAACCGAGAGGGGUGGGAGAAGAGAUAGUGAGGAACUAGAUUUCUAAGGUAGCCAUUAAAAUCCUGCUAAUCCUAAACAGACAAUUUUAGAGGAUUCUUAAGAUUAUCUUUCUUAUAAAGGAAGGACAGGCCAGAAAAGAUAGCUGUUAAAGUGAAUUGACAAAGUUAAAUCAUAUUAAUGUCCUUUGUGAGCUCCAUGAAUGCAGAAAUGGUAUGUUAUUUAUCUGUAUGAUCCAGUCUACUGGCACCCAGUACCUACUCAAAAUGCUGGUGUGCUGAACUAUACGUUCGUAUUUGGGUAUCAACUGCACUUUUAUUGGAGCUUUCUUUAUAGAAGUUAUUUCUCAGAUAUAUUUCUUUCCCUGUUGCAUCAUACACUUUACCUGUCCCCCAUUUAAUUCUCGCAUUAAAGUAGUGAGAUACGCACUAUCAUUUGCAUAUCAGGAAACUUAAGUCCAGGCUACCUGGCUCUUAGCUGGAGAACAGACUCCAACCGAGGUCUACCUUGCCUGAAAAAUCUGUGCUCUUAGCAGGGAGCGGUGGCUCAUGCCUGUAAUCCCAACACUUUGCGAGGCCGAGGUAGUCGGAUCACUUAAGGUCAGGAGUUCCAGACCUGCCUGACCAACAUGGCGAAACCCUGUCUCUACUAAAAAUACAAAAAUUAGCCGGGCGUGGUGGCGCAUGCCUGUAAUCCCAGCUACUCGGGAGGCUGAAGCAGGAGAAUCGCUUGAACCCCGGAGGCGGGAGGUUGCAGUGAGCAGAGAUAGCACCACUGCACUCCAGCCUGGGUGACAGAGCGAGGCUCCAUCUCACACACACAAAAAAAGAAAAAUCUGUGCUCUUAACUACCCUGAUUUUCACCUCCCGUUAACACUUGGCAAAUACAUGUUGGUAAGAAAAGAUAAGAGACAUAAAGACCUAUCGGCAUUCAGCUCCGUGUAAUGUUAUGAUAAUAAAAACAUUUAUUUGGG